UAUCUAUUAAGAUUUCUCUUAAAUAACAAAUCCUCCUUAACCAAGUAAGAGAUGGACACAAUCUUAAUGAAGAAAUGGAAGGGAUAUCUUAUGGUCUUUUCCCUACAGGGAUUCGAGCCUUUUGUAGCCAGGUAAGCAAAAAAUAAUGGUACCUUGAAGUAUGAAAGGUGGUUCAAGAAAGUUGAGUUAUGGGCUGGUUUGGCCAAAAAUUAGAGAGGUGAAAGGAAGAAAAGAUUAUUAAAAACUGGUUUCCAUGUGACAUUUGUUUAUUGCUUACCCCAAAAAACCUAUAUAGGCCUCAUUAAAAUCCUGUUCUAGGGCAGCCCAAGAUGCAAGACAAUUGCUAUAAUUGAGUCUUUUUGUCUUUUCCACAGCUCGGGAAUCAAUGAACAAGUCAGGAGCACACACUGUGAUUGAAUUUGUCCUCCUAGGCUUCCCUGGGGACUGGGAGAUACAAAUUUUACUCUUUUCAUUAUUCUUAAUAGUCUAUAUCCUGACGUUGAUUGGGAAUGGGGCCAUCAUCUGUGCAGUGAAGUGGGACCAGAGACUCCACACUCCCAUGUACAUCCUACUGGGGAAUUUUGCCUUCCUAGAGAUCUGGUACAUCACCUCCACUGUUCCUAGAAUGUUGGAAAAUUUCCUCUCAGAGACCAAAGCCAUCUCCUUUGCAGGUUGCUUCCUUCAGUUUUAUUUCUUCACCUCUCUUGCUGCAACUGAAAUCUACUUCUUAUGCAUCAUGGCUUAUGAUCGUUAUCUUGCCAUCUGCCACCCAUUGCACUACCCAAUCAAAAUGACCUUACAGCGCUGUUACAGCUUGAUAUCUGUGUGCUGGGUGCUUGGUUUCCUAAGCUAUUCUCUAACUACUGUACAGCUCUCCCAGCUGACAUUCUGUGGUCCCAACAUCAUUGACCACUUUGUUUGUGACAUAGAUCCACUCAUGGCUCUAUCAUGUGCCCCUGCUCCUACCACUGAAAAUCUGUUUUAUAUCAUAAGUUCCCUCAUCCUCUUUCUCUCAAUUAUCUACCUCCUUGGAUCAUAUAUUCUGUUACUAAGAGCUGUGUUGCAAGUUCCCUCAGCAGCUGGUAGACGUAAAGCCUUCUCCACAUGUGGAUCUCAUCUGGCUGUGGUCUGCCUCUUCUUUGGAAGUCUUAUGAUCAUGUAUGUGAGCCCAACAUCUGAAAACUCAGGAGAAGUACAGAAGAUAAUAACCUUGUUCUAUUCAAUUGUGACACCAUUUUUAAACCCUCUAAUUUAUAGCCUCCGAAAUAAGGAGAUGAAAGCUGCCCUGAGAAAAUUCAUUGGAAUAUCAUCAGAAUAAAGCCAAAUAUAUGUAUAUAUUUGACAUAUGAUUCCAUUUUCUAAUAGUGGAUAAUUCAAUUCAACAAACAGUGAUUGCAUGCUUGUCAGGGGAAAACCCUAGAGGAGAUAGAGAGGUAAAUAAUUGAGAAAAGCAAAGUCUCCUGCUACAACUGAAGGUUAUACUUUGGGGGUAAGUUGAUAUGUUGGGGACAUGGCAUAGUGGAUUAACUACUGAAGUCUAUUCACAUUCCUAGAACAAAACCCUGCUCAACGGAAUAGCUCUAUCAUUGCUCCUCUUGUUACUUGUGAGAUCAAACAGGUUUCCCAAUUGUCUGCCAUAAUCCUUUUCAAGAUUUCCAGAUGAUUGGAGGUUUAAGGGCCAUAUCUUUCCCAUGCAGCAGCUUACCUCUAUAAUCAGCACUCCCAUCAUCAUCAUCAUCAUCAUCAUCAUCAUCCUUUCUGCCCCCUUCUACAUAUUUUGCUUAGAGACACAGAACAAUUUCUUGGCUUUUCCUACUUCUAACUCAGACCUGGCAUUCUCCACACAAUGCCCUUAUCCAGAUUUCUGCUCUCAGGCUGCCCAGUACUGCAAGCAUGGAAUGAAUGAAGACAGAGUGCAGUAGGUAUCAGCUAGAGUCCCUGGUUUCUCACAUUUAUUAUACACUGUGCAAGUAAAUUCAGAAAGAUAACAAUAGAUGAAUUCAAGUAUAUGCACACAUGGAAUUUAGUGUUCCAGAGACUGUCAAACACCACAAGUAUCCUAAAUGAAAGGAAGUACACAGCCUUAAAGAAAGAUUCAAUUUGCACUUUAGUAAAGAAGUAAAAGAGGAAAUACCUAAUUUAACAAAUAAAAUAAUACUUUCCUAUGUAAUUUCAAAAGGUAAUUAUUUGGCUAUGAUAGAUUUUCCUUCUCAUUAUUGAUUAAAAUUAGAAUUAUUUCAAUCAAUAUUUGCUGAAUUGAAACAAGAAUUUGUAAGAUAUUAGUUUGUUCAUAGCAUUGUCUUGUCAUUUGAGGAUACCAAAAAAAAGUAUAACCAAGACUUAUUGCUCAAUAAAUGAAUGAUCAAAAAUAUGAGCACUUUUUGAUUCCAUAUUAUUCAUUUUUAAGUGAAUAAUCUUAUAAAAACCAAAACCC